AUGUUUAAAAAAAUCACGUUCGCAAAGAAACAUGAAAAAUUUGUUCCUUAUGACAAAUAUCACAGCAAGUUAACCACUCUUAGAAACUUAAGAACAACUCAUCAUAGAUUACUAAAAUCACAUACAAAAUUAAAAAAAAAAAUUGAAAAAUAUGAACGCAUCCUCAUCUCCAUCGCCAAUAUCUUUAAGGAUGAAUCAUCAGUCAUUAGUGAUGAAUUAACCUCUCAACAUGAUUCCACCGAAACUGUCAAAGAUGCACACAACUCUAAUGAAUCAAUUUAUAUCGAAGAUAAAUCAACUAAUGAUGAAGAAAAUAAUACCAAUAAAUCCAUUCAGCAUAAUAUCAGUGAUGCGAUUUAUAUCACAGACGAUGAAUCUAUUCAACCUAAUAUCAGCGAAAUGAUAUAUAACACAAAUGAAUUAAUUCAAUCUAAAGACAAGAUAAAGUAUAUCAACAACCCAAUUCAACUUGUAACUAAUGAUGAAAAUUAUGUCGAUAAAUCCAUCAAUAGAUCGAUUCAUAUUACAGACAAACCAAUACACUUUGAUUUCACAGAGAUUAACACAGUAAAAUAUACCAACGAAUCAAUUCAAAGUAAUCUCAACUUUAAUAAAUCGAUUCAAUCAGACUCUGCUAAAUCAUAUAAAAUAAAUAACAUUCAUGAUAACCAUAUUAAUCAACAAAAUAUCACAGAGCUCUUUGACAUCUACGGAAAUAUAUAUUAUAUCAAUACUUAA